UUCAGGACUGUUCUAGAGAGAUUUUCAAGGCAACUGCUUGGCAGCUCUGGGACACAGCCAGCGACCGCCCCGUCUGAGUGACCGGUGGCCGGCGGGUUUCCUGGCGGCGGCUCCUGCAUGAAAGGCUUGCUGUUUCCUGCCAGAGCUGCCGGGAUCCCUCCGCGAGUGUUGCAUUUUGCGACUAAGAACAAAACGUCUUCUGUGGAAAGCUGAAAAGAGACGGCUGGGCGGCCCAGGAGACAACCUAGCUUGGUGUCUGGGCCGUUCGUCUUGCUUUGAGGUGGGGAUCGCCUGGCGUCUCCUGGCCGAGGAUCAGGCGCCUGGAGGAGCAGCCACGCACCGACCUGCAGCUGGCCUGUCCCCGCCGCACCUUCAGGAAAUAUAAGAAACGGGAGGACAUGUUACAUCUGGGCAGUUCUUGGAGCGGGCUGGCCCUGACCAUCGGCGUGCUUCUGGGUUCGAAGCCCUCGGCUUACGGCGAUUUGUCCGCCUCCCGUCCAAACAUCCUUCUUCUGAUGGCGGACGAUCUGGGCAUCGGAGACCUUGGCUGCUAUGGCAACCACACCAUAAGGACGCCAAACAUUGACCGCCUCGCCGCGGACGGCGUGAUGCUCACCCAGCACCUCGCGGCAGCUUCACUGUGCACCCCGAGCAGAGCCGCUUUCCUCACGGGCAGAUACCCACUCCGAUCAGGCUCAUGCUCCAUCCAAGCGACGAGACACAGUUCCCAGGGCUACACAGCAGCAUCCCACUGGACCACAUCUUCUUUAUCCAUCCCUCUGUCGAUGGACAUUUAGGCUGAUUCCAUGUCUUGGCUAUUGUGAGCAGUGCUGCUAUGAAAAAGGGCUGCAGGCAUCUUUUCAAAUGAUGCUUUUCUCUGGAUAGAUGCCCAGGAGUGGGAUGGCUGGAUCGUAUGGUGGUUCUACAUUUUGCUUUUUAAGGAGCCUUCAUACUGUUCCCCACAGGGUUCCAGCCAUUGACAUUCCCCCCAACGCUGUGAGCUUCCACUUUAAAACGUUGCACUAGAUGUCUUGCCUGUAACAGAGACAGGAGGAGUUACAUCCGUGGCUCCCAAACUUUUCAGCUCAUGAGAAACCUGUGGGGGAUCUUUCAACCAUUCCAAAUUCCACCCCAGACCAACGAAAAUCACAGUUUCGGGAAUGACAACCAGGUCGGAGAAUAUUGGGAAGCUCCCCGCACGAUACCAACGUGCAGACACGUUUGAGAAGCGCUGGAUGCGAUCAGCAGUGGGAUGAAAUCAGAAAAUCAGUUUUUUCCUUUUGAAACAUUUUACCAGGAUAUAGCUGACUUACAGAGUUGUGUGAGUUUCAGGAGUACAGCAAAGUAGAUCCGUUCCCAAAACAUCAUUUUUAUGUAUCCAUUCCCAUAAAAUCAUUUUUCAUUCUCCUUUCUUU